GGAGAAAAUGUAGCUUUUCUCACCAUAAUGGAUAAUGUCUCUCUAAUAACACUGUUUGCUCUUUCAGGUUUAAAUGAGACAAUGAACCACCGAGCUGUUCUCUUCUCCCUCACUUUACUGUGUUACCUUUUCAUUUUGCUGGCAAAUGUUACUCUUAUUGUGAUCAUCAUCUUGGAUAAAAACCUGCAUGAACCAAUGUAUAUUCUAUUGUGUGUGUACUGCAUGAAUGGGCUUUAUGGGACAGCAGGUUUCUACCCCAAGUUCCUCUGGGAUCUGCUUUCUCCUGUUCAUGUUAUCUCUUAUGCUGGAUGCCAUGUUCAGGCUCUGGUAAUGUAUUCAUUUGCCUGCAGUGAUCUGUCUAUUCUUGCAGUCAUGGCGUAUGACAGAUAUGCGGCUAUAUGUCGACCUCUAGACUACCACUGUAUUAUGUCAAAGCAAAGACUCUUAACAUUGGUGUGUUUGUCCUGGUCAGCAUCUUUCUGCAUUCUGGGCAUAAAUGUUAUUCUGACAUCUAGAUUAAAGUUAUGCAGCCCAUUUAUCGCCAGACUUUUUUGUGUGAAUUGGAUUAUUGUUAAACUUGCUUGUUUCCCAACUGAUACUAUGGUUAAUGGUAUUGUUGCAUACAUUACAUUUAUCAUUUAUGUCUUUCAUGGUUUCUUUAUAGUUUGGUCCUAUAUGUAUCUUGUCAAAACAUGUGUGAAUUCAAUAGAGAACAGGAGGAAGUUCAUGCAAACAUGUGUGCCACAUUUGACCUCCUUACUCACCUUCCUUGUAACAAUAGUUUUUGAUGUCAUGAACAUGCGAUUUGGUUCAAAAGAUUUACCUCAGACUGUUCAAAACUUUAUUGAAAUACAAUUUCUUGUCAUACCCCCUGUUAUAAAUCCUCUCAUUUAUGGUUUCAAAUUGACAAAAAUUCGGAACAGAUUUCUACAUGUUAUUACUUUUAAAAACAAAUAUUAAGUUGAUUUUAAUUAAUACAUUAAAAUGAAAUAUGCACUGCUUAACCUGGUGGGUGUUUUGCUUAUGAG